GACAAACCCCAUUCUGUCACCCUUCCAUUACCAAAUAAAUCUUUCCCUCUCCCUAUAUGCAGGGAAAGCAGCACAACCCACCAUACAAACCAAACAAAGCUUCAUCAAUCAUAGCCUCUCGUCACAGCCAUAUCUUCCUGUUUAUGCCGUUGGCGGCCACCACACCCCCCACAGCUCAGUAAAAAUUAUAAUGAGAAGAAACAAUGGAGUCAGAUCAGAGACCCCAUCGCACCAAAAGCAGCAGCAGCACCGCUAGUACGGCCACCAGCGAGCUCUUCAUCUGCUUCACCACAUCCCGCCUCUCUUCCUCCUCCAUGAAGCUCUCCUCCAAGUCCCUCCUCAGCCCCGGCCGAGCCAGAGGAGCAGACCCCAACUCCCAAAUCUCCCUAUCCUCCUCCCUCAGCCGCCGCCUCAAAACCAGCGGCAGCAUGAAGGGCGGCCAAGCCUCCCCGAUGUUCCCGAACGGGGGCACAAACAAAAAACGUGGGUGCGCUUUCGAAAACCCAGAACCCUCCUCCCCUAAAGUCACGUGCAUUGGACAGGUGAGGGUGAAGACCAAGAAACAGGGCAAGAGAAUGAGGAUAAUUACCAGAUCCAGGCGCAGGGGAACCGAAGCGAGUUUCAGAAGAACAGAGAGCUCCAACAACAAUACAGCUACUCAAAGUCAAGAGCUUUUCAACAACAACUUCCAAAGCUUGCACUUUCCGAAUCACCAGAUCAAUGGAAGUAGUAGCAAUAGUAAUAAUCAGCAGGAAUGCAUGAGGCAGAGAAACCAGAGGUGGGUUCAUCUUCCCCUGACGAUUUGCGAGGCCCUGAGGGCUUUCGGGUCGGAGUUUAACUGCCUGUUUCCGAACCGGUCUUCGUGUUUGGCGACUGACAAGGAGAAAGAAGAGAGUAGUAGUAGUAGCAAGGAGGUGAGAUCAGAGAGUGGAGGGUCGUCUUCCUGCGGUGCGGUUUUUGCGAGGUGGUUUGUGGCGUUGCAAGAUGGGGACGGGAAAGGGAGGGAGAUUGAGCUGGUGGUGGGGGACGACCAGGAGAGGACGGAGAGGGGGAGUGAUAGCAGCGGCGGCCGUAGCCAGCGGAGGCAGGUGUUUGAAGGGAUUGAGUUCAAGGAAGAGAGAUUCAAUGGGGGUGGUGGAGCGGUGGAGGAGGAAGGAGGGAGAGUGAGUAUUUGUGUUCCUCCGAAGAAUGCGCUUUUGCUUAUGAGGUGCAGAUCUGAUCCGGUUAAAAUGGCUGCACUUGCUAAUAGAUUCUGGGAGAUGCCUGCUGCCGAGGAAAAUGAAGAAGAUCAAGAGGAUGACAAUGAGGGUAGUAAUGUAAAAGCAGAGAAAGUUGCUGGAGGAGAAGUCGUUGAGAAAAUGGGAACGGGGUUGGAGGUGGAAGCGGCGGCGGAGGCGGAGUCGGCGGAGCGGGAGGAUGGAGAGUGUGAGGAAUGGGUUCGCGAAGGCGAAGAGCAUGGAGAUUCGGAAGAACUAGUAGAAAGCUUGGGCUUCGAAGAAGACGAGGAGUGGAAAGAAGAUUUGGAUGAGGUCUCGGAAAAAUGUCUGCAAAUUUCUGAGGAAGUGCGAGACAUUAAAGAGAAAAUCGAAUGCCAAGUGGAAGAAGAGUUCUUCGAACAAGACGAGGAACGAAAAUCGGAUGUGACGGGACAGCAAGCAGUGUCGGAAGAUUUGUGUUCGACAGAAGUUGUCGUAGAUCCGGAAAUUUUGGAACUUGAAGAACAAGAAGAAGAUGAAGAGAAAGAGGAGGAAGUGAGUGAGGCGAAGAUUCCAGAACCUUCCAUUGUUUCUGUACAGUCAGAAGAACUGGAAGGAGAAGAAGAGAAAACGGAGGCUGAAGUUGCAGAGGAGUCGACGGAAGAAGAAACAGAGACAGUGAUGGCAGAUAGACCCGAAUCGGAUCCCGAGCCGGAACCAGAACUCGAAAACCCGAACAUGCAUUUGGGUACUGGGUCGAAGCAGGUCGGUCAAAACUCCGUCUUGCCGGACUGCCUGCUGCUAAUGAUGUGCGAGCCGAAGCUGUCGAUGGAGGUGUCCAAGGAGACAUGGGUAUGCAGCACGGACUUCAUCCGGUGCCUGCCGGAGCGACACGUCAAGAAAAUCGACGUUCCGAAUGAGGCGAAGAAGCGGGUGAGCAUCGACUCGAAGCCUCCUUUGGCGCCGGUGGUUCAGCAGCAGGUAAUGAUGCAGCCACCGCGGUCGUCUUGUUCAUUUCCGGUUCAGGAAGGUCCCGUGUCGAUGGCGACAAUGAUCGGACAGAAGCUGGUGGGGUCCGCUGGUUACGAGCCGUUUGUACUUACGCGCUGCAAGUCGGAGCCGAUGAGGUCGGCGGCUAAGCUAGCGGCGGCGCCGGAGACGUGUUUUUGGAAGAAUCGGAAGCUGGAGCAGCAGAGGCAGGCUGCGAUGGGCGUUGGCGCGGCUGGGGUAGGGUUUUGAGCCGGAGAUAAUUAAUUUGGAUUGUGAAAAAAAAAAAAAAUAUGUAGGAAGUUUGUACGAAUAUGUAUGGGAUGGGAGUGACUAGGGUUUUGCAGAGUGCUAAAUUAUUGCUCUCUAUUUUCGUUUGUACAUUUUUAUGUAGGGAUGAUUUUCUAUAAAUUCAUUUUUGUGCUGCCCUUAUAAUUUUAUUAUUUA